GAAAAAAAUUAAAAAGAUAAAAAAAAAACUAUUGCCUUGUUUUAUUUUUUAUUCAGUGGCAGAAACGGUCUUCCAUAAACCAAAGCAAGCUUUCGUACAUGACAUUUUCCGUGAACUAGCACCCCCUAGCGUCCCACUAAAACUUAAACUCUCGUUGGGUUAAAGUACAAUAAAGAGGAGACGAGAAAUAAUUGUAAUGUAACAUUAUAUAUAAUAGAGCCCAGGCAGCGCACACAGAUAUGAGCCUCACAGAAGUGGAAGGGCUGUGUCCCAUUGCUCAGCGAUCACUUACACCAGCUAGAGAUCAGAUCCUGACCCAGCCUGACGAAGAUCCGCUCAGCUGCUGCCAGUUCUUCUCCUUUAUUUCUUCACGGCGUCUGCGCGUAACUACGCUCCUAAAAGGACUCGCUGGAGUGAAUAAAUCGACGAAUAUCCAGUGUGACGUCUCCACAUGCCGCUCUACCGGAAUGACGGCUUAUGGUUACUAGGAUGCAGCUUUCUGGAAGACGAUGCCUCAGAAAAGUGCAGGCACUGAACUGAAAGAACUGCGUGUUUGGAGCUCAUGAAGAAUAUUUGAACAGUGAAAUAAUGAUCACAGCCACAGAGGAAGUACUGUUAUUCUGUAACAUACACGUUUUGGAACUGUAAUUGAGUCUUUCUUCAGUAUGUAACUCUUCAUGCUCUCUGGGAGAUGGAUAAGUAUGAGAAACUGGCUAAGAUCGGCGAGGGCUCGUAUGGAGUGGUGUUCAAAUGCAGACACAAGGACACCGGUCAGAUAGUGGCCAUUAAAAAAUUUGUUGAGUCUGAGGAUGACCCGGUUAUCAAGAAGAUCGCACUGAGAGAAAUCCGCAUGCUGAAGCUGAAGCAUGUGAAUCUGGUGAACUUGCUUGAGGUCUUCAGGAGAAAGAGACGUCUUCAUCUGGUCUUUGAGUUCUGUGAGCAAACUGUUCUAAAUGAGCUGGACAAACAUCCCAGAGGGGUUCCUGAGGCACAACUCAAGAGUAUUGUGUGGCAAACUCUACAGGCCGUCAACUUCUGUCACAAACACAAUUGUAUCCACCGGGACGUCAAACCAGAGAACAUUCUUCUGACCAAGACCGGUGUGAUCAAACUAUGUGAUUUUGGCUUUGCUCGCAUCCUCACUGGUCCAGGUGAUGAUUAUACCGAUUAUGUGGCAACACGAUGGUACCGGGCCCCAGAGCUCUUGGUUGGAGAUACUCAGUACGGUCCCCCAGUGGAUGUCUGGGCCCUCGGUUGUGUCUUUGCCGAGCUGCUUUCUGGAAAUCCUCUUUGGCCGGGACGUUCUGACGUGGAUCAGCUGCACCUCAUACGAAAAACACUGGGUGACUUGAUCCCACGGCAUCAGCAGGUGUUCCACUCCAAUGUCUUCUUUAGUGGAGUCAGCAUCCCUGAGCCUGAUACCAUGGAGCCGCUAGAGAAGAGGUUCCAUGGUGCUUCUCCUCAUGCUAUUACUGUGAUGAAGUCCUGCCUAGUAAUGGAUCCAUCUGGCAGGUUGUCAUGUGAAGAGCUUUUAGAGCUGCCAUACUUUCAGGAGGAUGGGGGAACGGGAUGGGGCAGAGAAACUGAUCGUCUCCCAAGAAGAUAUGAGAAAGGCACGAGACGCAGAGCUCCCGCGCCUCAAUACUUUCCUCAGCUGACCAAUAGUAACAUCUCACCAGCACCUGAAAUGAAGAAUAAAAACAGACACAAACAUGACAAUCAUCUACCCAACAUCUGACCUUGGGACUGGUGCAAAUGUGUUUGGUAGGGCAAACAUGUUUUCUGUUGAUGCUUUUAUUGCAAGCAAACAACAGACGAUAGCAGAAAUGUUUUUAGAUAGAAGUACUGACACUGUAAUAUUAUUAAUAUUACCGAAACAUAGCUAUUUUAACAAUUAAAGGGUUAGCUCACCCAAAAUUUUAACUCAUCCCCGAGGCAUCCUAGGUGUACAUGAUAUUCUUCUUUCAUAUGAAUCCAG